ACGGGGGAGUGAAACGCUGACGGGAGUCAGGAAACGUUUGCUUUUAAUCGACAGGACUCGAGCCUCUCGUUUCGUGGAAAUUCCGUCUUGCGUGCACUUGGGGUUAAUAAGAAGGAAUAAUUCUGCUAAUAAGAGAAACACAGUUUACCCUAUUUCUGUUAUAAUGGAUAGGUUUGUGGGGACUUGUCCUGCAUUUUUUUCGGCGUACUUCUUCUGAGCAACGGAUAGUACUGUUCUGUAUUUACAAGGGAACGUUACAAUGGAUCGUACAUUUUCAUUACAAGACUACACGUCUUUUAGGCAAUGCUAUUACACUUACACGUAUUAUGAAUUUUAGGACAAACCGAGUUCUUGAUUGGUAUCAUUUGUGAAUAUAUGAUAUACAAUAUCAUAUAGCAUAUUAUGUAUGACAAAAAUCAGUUAAAAAUUAGUUAUUUUUUACUAAUAAAACUACGAUGCAUGCUGCGAUCACGCAUGCGCGAAAAUAGGGGAGGAGUGGAGACCUAAUGACACAGUGUGAGGUGGACACAAUGGUUACGCGUUCUGACCAUACUAAACGAAUUCUGUUAUGUCUACGUUCAAAAAUCAAUAACGAAAAACUGCCUCCAUAUGUUCAUAAUUCGCUAAGCCAAUCAAAUAAUGAUGUAUAUGCGCUUAAUAUGACACAGUCGAAUAGAGAAUUGAUGGAGUUAUAAAUGGCGCGCAGAUCUCCGGCAUACAGUAAAGUAAGGUUGUAAACAGUUACGACGUUACGAGCCUAAGAGAUAUAUGUAAUAAUUUCACAAGUUAAUAUAUUGGGCCGACCGGCAUUAGUAGUUGUAUACAACAUCUUUGUCUGUAUAACAUAACGUUCUUACGCAUGUACGUACAUGCAACACAUUUUCGAAGGAAUACAAUGUAAUAUUAACCGUGAAGAAACGAGUAUCGACGAUAGUGGAGAGCUCUUCAUCGGGAUGAAAUUUCAUCGUCGCAAAUUUUGUUAGAUUAUGUGACUGUUUGGUACCGGUCACAUGCCAUAAAAUGCAUACGACUACACGCAAGAGAAACAAACCUAAUAUAGAUAAGAUUUCUGGAAAUCUGGAACAACUCAAAGAGCAGAUAAACGAUUUCAUUUACACGGUAGAAGGGAAAAAUGCGAAAGAACCAAAAUGUAGAAUGAUCAAAGUACUAACAACAAAAACUAAGCAUCUCUUGAAACAGCACAAAGAGUUGAAACAGGAAUUACAAUACUACGAGAAUAUGUACAAGAAGGCGUUGGUGAAAAACGUACAAAACUUGAAAAGUGAGAUUAAAGAAAAUCAAAUAAAGUUGCGAAAUCUAAAGAAAAAAUGUCAAAAGAUAGAUGUCCAAGUACAAUUCCCCCCAUUGAAGAUCCAGGACAGAAGAACUGAAAAUUCGAAAAGAUCAACCACAAUAGUGCGAAAUACGAAAAACCGAAAAGUUUUUAAAGAUUUAAAUCCCAGACCAGUUAAAGAUAAGCUUAUUAAAAUCAGAUCGCAAAUGAAACGUGCUGGUCGAAAAAAUUUCAAGCAGAAAAGGACAAGAAUUAAUAACAAUAUCAAGAUUCGUAUUAAAACAAACGAGACUGGCGGGCGGGAAUUGUAUUUCUUUAAGACCAACAAAACUAAACAAUCGUUUUCUAAUUUGGUGCAAGAAAAGGAAAACAAAAUCUCCAGCUUCCGGGAGUGCCGAAUCACGCUGCAAAAAUUAACCGAAGAACAGGCAAGGCGAUAUACCACUGAAAAAAAAUCGGUGGUACAACAACAAAAUCAAGAAUUACCACCGAAAACCAGACGAAGUAAAUUGUCGAAUGCCAAACUGAAUUGGCAAAUCAGAAUUCCGAGAUCAGUUUUAGAAGAAAGUCAGAAGAUUCAGAAUUUUAAGUUAAAUGUACCCAAUCAUACAACGAACGGUAAACGUACUCGUACUAUACGUCUAAUCAACCAAUAAACAGCCAUAUAUACCGUGUGUCUCGCGAAAAGUUUGAUGUACUCCAUAGAAGAAUACAUUUCAUGAUAUGGAGUGCAGCAUUAAGCGUGGACAUAAUUUAAGUAGAAAAUUUCGAAACCUACUAAUAACUAGGUAAUUCAUACAUUCCGAAAGAAAUCGUAUACAAAUCAUUAAUAGAAGUCAUCUAUGCAGGGUG